GGCGCGGCCGCUGCCCCGGGCCCGAGCGGAGCCGGAGCUGGAGCCGCAGCCGCGGGCGGGCACCAGGAGGACUCAGCUCCUGUCAGCACAGCUCUGUUUCACUGCUCCCUGGACAGGUGAAGCCAGCCUAGAGAGGGACUUCACUCAGCUUUUAAUGAACGCCAAAAAACAGCACUGCCACGGCCUCCUACCCAGCAGAGCUGCUCCCCAGAGCCAGAGGGAUGGUGGUUGUCACGGGGCAGAGCAAAGUGAGUGCCACCCCGGAUGAUGCCAUGUCGAGCUCGGAUGCUGAGGAUGAUUUCCAAGAGCCGGCCACUCCCACCGCCAGCCAGGCAGGACAGGCGCUACCUCUGCUGCCUCAGCAGUUCCCAGAGGUUGUCCCCCUGAACGUGGGGGGGAUGUUUUUCACCACCAGACUGUCCACGCUGCGCAGGUACGAGGACACCAUGCUGGCAGCCAUGUUCAGCGGCAGGCACUACAUCCCCACGGACGCCGAGGGCAGGUACUUCAUCGACAGGGAUGGCACCUACUUCGGAGACAUACUAAACUUCCUAAGAUCUGGUGACCUGCCCCCCCGAGAGCGAGUGAGGUCAGUGUACAAGGAGGCUCAGUAUUAUUCCAUAGGACCCUUGCUAGACAAUCUAGAGGAUAUCCAGCCUCUUAAAGGAGAAAAAGUUAGACAAGCUUUCCUGGGCCUAAUGCCAUAUUACAAAGACCACCUGGAGCGGAUCAUCGAGAUCGCCAAGCUGCGCGCCAUGCAGAGGAAGGCCAGGUUCGCCAAGCUCAAGGUGUGCGUGUUCAAGGAGGAGAUGCCCAUCACUCCCUACGAGUGCCCCCACUUCAACUCGCUGCGUUUCGAGCGCAGCGAGAGCGAGACCAAGCUCUUUGAGCACCACUGCGAGGUGGACGUGUCCUUCGGGCCCUGGGAGGCCGUGGCCGAUGUCUAUGACCUGCUGCACUGCAUCGUCACCGACCUGUCCGCCCGCGGCAUCACCGUGGACCACCAGUGCAUCGGCGUCUGCGACAAGCACCUCAUCAACCACUACUACUGCAAGCGCCCCAUCUACGAGUUCAAGAUCACCUGGUGGUGACCCGCGCCUCACAGGGGACUCUAGAGGACAGAUGUUCUCUCAGGAUCGUCUGGUGGGGAGGUGUGGUGGCACAGAGGACUCUAGAGGACAAAAUGUUCUUUCAGGAUCACCUGGCAGUGAGUUGUGGUGGCACAGAGGAUUCCUAGAGGACAAAUGUUCUUUGAAGUUCAUCUGGUGGUGAGGUGUGGUGGCACAGAGGACUUCUAGAAUACAAAUGUUCUCUCAGGAUGGUCUGGUGGGGAGUGUGAGAGGACUUCUAGAAUACAAAUGUUCUUUCAAGAUCACCUGGUGGUGAGUGUGAAAGGACUUCUAGAGGACAAAUGUUCUUUCAAGAUCAUCUGAUGGUAACCUGGCCUCACAGAGGACUCUUGAGGACAAAUGUUCUCUCAGGAUCGUCUGGUGGUGAGUUGUGGUGGCACAGAGAGAAAUGGGAGGACUCUAGAGGACAAAUGUUCUUUCAAGAUCACCUGGUGGUAUGAAAGGACUUCUAGAGGACAAAUGCUCUUCUAAGAUCAUCUGAUGGUGAGGUGUGGUGGCACAGAGGACUUCUAGAGGACAAAUGUUCUCUCAGGAUCAUCUGGUGGUGAGUUGUGGUGGCACAGAGGAUUCCUAGAGGACAAAUGUUCUUUCAAGAUCGUCUGGUGCUGAGGUGUGGUGGCAUAGAGGACUUCUAGAGGACAAGUGUUCUUUCAGGAUCACCUGGUGGUGAGUGUGAAAGGACUUCUAGAGGACAAAUGUCCCCUAAAAAAGCACCUGGCGGUGAGUUGUGGCAGAGAAAAGAGGUGUAAGGACUUCUGGAGGAUAAAUGUUCUUUCAAGAUCACCUGCUGGUGAUCUGGGCCUCACAGAGGACUUCUGGAGGACAAAUGUUCUUCCAAAAUCAUUUGGUGGUGAGUUGUGGUGGCACAGAGGACUCUAGAGGACAAAUGUUCUUCCAAGAUCAUUUGGUGGUGAGUUGUGACAGGGCAAAGGGGUGAGGGGACUCCUAGAGGACAAAUGUUCUUUGAAGAUCGUCUGGUGGUGAGUUGUGGUGGCACAGAGGAUUCCUAGAGGACAAAUGUUCUUUGAAGUUCAUCUGGUGGUGAGGUGUGAUGGCACAGAGGAUUCCUAGAGGACAAAUGUUCUUUGAAGUUCAUCUGGUGGUGAGGUGUGAUGGCACAGAGGAUUCCUAGAGGACAAAUGUUCUUUCAAAAAUCACCUGGUGGUAUGAAAGGACUCCAAGAGGACAAAUGCUCUUUGAAGAUCUCCUGCUGGUGAGGUGUGGUGGCACAGAGAGGGGUGAGAGGAUUCCUAGAGGGGAAAUGUUCUUGGCAGGUUUGCUGCUCACAUUCCUUGGGAUCAGCCUGCUGGCAGGGGUUGGGAAAACCUCUGGAAACUUGAAAAACCAGCCUGAAAUCAGACUGUUGGCUCAGGUACCUUAACGAGGCACAAAACAAAAUCACCUCAUGGGAAGGAUGGAGGGGAGUGGCUGAACAUCUGCUCAAAGGUGCCACCAGGAGUGGCUUCAGGAUGCAAUUGCAGAUUUUUCCUGCAUUUUUGGGAAUCUGGGGUGCUACUGAAGCUUUACCCUCUUAGAAAUGUUUUAGUUCCUCCUUCAACUUUAUAAAAUUUGAGUCACACCCAGCACAAAGAUUCUGGAAAUGUCAUUUUGAUGUACUAGAUAAUUUAAAAAAAGAAAAAAAAAAAAAAGAGUAUUCCCUAUAUAUAAUUAAUUGUUGUCAGGGUUAAGCUGUAUUUGUUUUUUAAUUAAGGAUCUAUGUUGUGAAUUAUAAUGUUAUACUUCAAUUAUUUCUGUUGAAAUAGCAGAUCUGGAAUAUAUUCCUUAAUGCUUUUAGGAAUAAUAACUGUUCAUGGAAGACUUGUGCCUGUUUUUAGCCUUAGAAAUUCUAAAUGUUUACAAUAUAUACAAAACAAAGCUCUUUAGAACCAGGUCAUUUACAAAGGCUUUUGGUAAAUGAGAAAACCCUGUCUGUAUGUUCCUAUUAGCAGUAGUAAGAGGAAUAUUUAAUGUAUAUUAUUUUAUUACUGACUCUUUUUACAUUCUGUGAUAUUAAAUUUAUUUUAGACUUCAAGUCAGAUGAUAUUAAACCAGUGCUUCCCUCACCUCACCCUUUUCAGACAAUUUAAUCUGCAUUUUAUCCUUCUUGUUGACCCCUCUUGGUGUCAUAGAAGGAGAAACAAAAUUCAGACUUCAUAUUCAGACACUUCUCCACUCUAAAGCAGUAGGAAAUUUCUUCCCAUGCUGGAAGAGGCAACCAUAUUAUAAUUAUAAUAUGAAUUGUAAUUUCUUCAGAAAAUUUUGUACUUCUGCCAUGAGCAACCACAUCCCAAAUUUCAACUACUGAAUUCACUGAGAGGGAGAAAAUCUGAACAUCUCAUUUUGUGAGGUAAAACUCCAACCUGCUUGGAGAGGCUUCAAAAUAAUCUUAAAGAGAGAGACAAAAUAAAUAUUUGCAUAUUGCAUUCCAUUGGAUUAAUUAAUCCAAGAAUAUUGCUUAAUUAAACUGCUGACCAAAAUUCUUAAGGAACAUUAAUGACAGUGAUCAAAAUUCUCAUGUUUCUGAGACAAUUUUUAGAAUGACUCAAAGAACUUGAGGAUCAAAUUGUCUUGCAAGAAAAGAGAUCAUUUUUUUUGCCUUGUCACCCUCAGAUAUAUUUAAUUUAGGAACUAAAUUCUCUCUGAGGUGGGUGUCUCCCUGCUGAUCUCUGAGUUUCAAGGGCAGAGAAAAACUUGAAUAGAAAGAAUUCUGCACAUUUGGAUCUAAAUUUAAAUUUGUUUCAAUUGUUUCCUGAAAUAACAGCCUUGCUGUUACAGCUUUAAAGUUAAAGUUAAACUGAGAUUAAAGUUUUAAAGUUUCCCUGCAAGGAGAGGAAGUUUUGCUUGGUUUCUUUGCUGCUUUUUUGUUUUCUUUCUUUCCAAGGAAUCUAAACUGCAAACCACAAUUUCUUAUGAAAUUAAAUAACAUUUAAAGCUGAGCCUUACAAAGCUCUGGCUGCUUGUGCACUUCAGGUAUUUAAGUUCAGGAUUUUCAGAUGUUCAGAAUUACAGAUAUUUAGUGAGAAUUGCAGUUUUACUGGAAUUUUCAGAGGGAUUUUUUACCUCUUCCCAUAAAUAUAUUUACAGAACUCUGGUUGGAAUUCCAGCACUCCUUGUAGAAAUGCAUCACAAUUUGAUUUUCACAGUAUAUUUUCUGGUUUGGCUUUAGGAAUUUCCCUGCUGUUGUUCAGGAGAAGCUGUGAUGACAAAAUUCCUGUUUCAGUCAUUUUUGUUACUCCUUCAUAGGCACACACUGGGAUUUUGUAACUUUUUCCUGUUCAUUGUUUAGAGAAAAUGAAAAUCUUGCUCUGUAUCAGCUGUGUCUUAAUCCAAGUUCUCAUCCUGCUGAAGACAUGAAGUGCAAUACUGGAAAGGAAAACAUGAAUUUAAUCCCACAAGCUUUAAUUAGUGCUGCCAUUUGUGAUUUGUCCAGGUUAACAAUAUUUUAAUUGUCCCAAGCAGUCUUUGUUUACAAGAUUUCACUGCUCUUGCCCAGGCUGUGCUCAUUUUUUAGCAAAGCAGAAUUGUGCAGGUGGAUGGCAGGGGGUGUAAUGAAAAUCUGGGUUAUGGAACGUGACUGAUUCUCUUUUCUGGGCCUGGAGCUUUGGAAAUUCUACAUUUGCAACAAAAUCUGGGAGUGGCUGAUCUACCAAUUCCAUGUUUGAGAGGAGUGAGGAUUUUGGUGUACAAUUGUAUCAUUAAACUAUGGAAUUCUGCUUUUUUUUUUCCCUUUAGGACUUUUCUUUAUAUCUGGGCAGGCCAGUUUUGCUAAUUCAUAUUUUUCUAUGCUCUCUUAGCUUUUUUUUUUUGCCACUUUAUCAUCUACAGAGUCACUUUUCCACCCUCACAGCCCCAAAUCCCUGUGGUUGAGAGCAGUAAAUCCAUUUGAAUACUGGAGAAAUGGUGGGACAGUUGAAGGUUAUUUAUUUAAAAUUAGAAUUGUUAACUAUUUUUUAUAUAAAAACAUGACAAGACCAAUUUUUUUUAACAUUCCCUUUAUAGCCAUUGUGGAGUGGUUCUUAACAGGGAACAAAGGGAGUGAGUUGGCCAAUUCCAUAGCACAUGAAAUGUUUCUGCAUCUGUUUUAUGCUUGUGAAAUAGGAAGGGGGAAAAUAAAAUAAAAAUAGGAAAAUAAAAAAAAAAUGAAAAUAACCCUUAUGAAGCACCCAAAAAUGACAUGAAAAGGUGUUUAUGUACAGCAGUUAAUGGCUGCUGAGCUCAAGAGUUUAAAAAAAAAUCUAAAAAUAACUUGGUGUAGAUUUUUAACUUUUAACCCAAUCUUCUGCACAGGAAUCUGAACUAUUCCUUGCUGAACUUCCAUCCUCCUCAGAGGAAAGUGAAGGUGCUGCCAGCUUUGGUCUGGGGAGCCUUUGUGCCAUAAACAGACCCUCUGUGCUCCUUGUGGUGCAUGAACUGGAUUUUUCAUUUAAAUUUUUGUUUUAACCUCUAAUGAGGGCUCAGUUCUGCAUCAAUGAGCGUGAGUUCUUUUUUUUUUUUUUAAGCACUUCAGGUUUAGUUACCUUAAACAAAAGCUGUGAAUUAUUGCAGCAGGAAUUUCUGCAUCACCCCCUUUUGAGGGUUUUUUUUUUUAAUUUUAGGAAUUCUGCUUGGGAGACACCUCAUUAUGUAAUAUAUGUAAAAACCUGAAUUUGCUAAUGUGAAUAUUUUUGAAAUUUUGUUAUUAGCUGUGUAAUAUUCUUCCCUGAAUGUGGAAAGAGUGAUAAGUGUUGAGUUAAACAUUGGUUUUGUGAUAAGCCAGCUCAUGCCUCAGGUACCUGCUGCCCUCAUUUGGAAAAUCAUCCCAAACUCUGUUAAAAACCAGGAAUGUCCCCUGGCUCCCCCAGUGAGCCCUGAGGAGAGUCAGGGCUCCUUCAUCCACUCCAGGCUCCAUUCCUGGGCACAAAGGGGUCCCAGGGGCUGCCUCAGCUCCUUGAAGGCAAAACUCAAACACUUGUCCUGAGCACCUAAACCUGGCCUUGGAGAUUGUUAAAAUUCCAGCAAACUGAAGGAUGUGGAGACCUUAAACUGCUCUGGGAGUUUUGUUAAACCCUGAUGUGGAUUUUAAACUGCUCUGAGAGCUUUGUUAAACCCUGGAGAUCUAAAAUUGCUCUGAGAGCUUUGUUAAACCCUGAUGUGGAUUUUAAACUGCUCUGAGAGCUUUGUUAAACUCUGGAGACCUUAAACUGCUCUGAGAGCUUUGUUAAACCCUGGAGAUUUUAAACUGCUCUGAGAGUUUUGUCAAACCCUGAUGUGGAUUUUAAACUGCUCUGAGAGCUUUGUUAAAUUCUGAUGUGGAUUUUAAACUGCUCUGAGAGCUUUGUUAAGCCCUGAUGUGGAUUUUAAACUGCUCUGAGAGCUUUGUUAAACUCUGAUGUGGAGAUUUUAAACUGCUCUGAGAGCUUUGUUAAACCCUGAUGUGGAGUUUAAACUGCUCUGAGAGCUUUGUUAAGCCCUGAUCUGCCCUGAGUUGGUGCAAUGGAUGUUUUGUGACACAGAGCUUUGAGUUUUUGGUGUAUCUGAGUUUUCCCAGUGAGCUGAUUUCCAGUGUCCCCUGAGCACUGGUUUUUGGAAAUCAGGGAGUGGGAGUGAAUUCCUUCCCCAGGGACAAUCCUCACUAGCUCUAAAAGGAAAAUUUGGAGAUGCUGAUCCCCACUCCCCCAUUUGUGAGAUGUCUGUGCUGAGCAUUCCCAGCCUCCAACUGGAUCCCCUCAGCCCCUUCUCUAACCUCUCACAGCUCCAAUUCCUGCAGGAAAUUUCUCUCUCCUCUGCUGCACCCUCAGCUUUGUUUGCCAGGUGAUUACUCAGCCUGUUUUAAACUCAUUAUUAAAUUAAUACUUUAAUAUCACAGUGUGGUGACUGUUAGUGGCUAAAGAAGCUUAUUUAUAAAAUCUCAUUACUCCCAAAAAUACCUGAACAAAUGGAUUAAACCAACAGAGAACACAAUCACUUUAAUUUCACUCUUCUGCUUUAUUUUUUUUCUAAUGACUGUUAUGAAAUAUAAAUUCUUACUUCUUUUAAGGGCUUAUAUAGGAAUAUGUAUUCAGCCUAAGAACUCUAUUUUGGGAGCUGAGGGCCUUGUUGUGAGCUGCAUGAUCCCUCAUUUGUUUUGUUGGUUUUUUCCCUAAAAAGCUAAUUACUGAUAUAAUUAAAGGUUUUGUAGCUUGAUUUGGCAUUUGCAAGCCCUGGGUGCCCUCAUUCCCAGGUUUAUCCUCACUGUUCAUUGUUCAGAGAUGACAGGGGACACGAUGAGGGGGAUGAUGGAAAAAAAAUCUGUCAGAGCUGGCAGUUCCCACUGCAGAGCUGUUUGUGUGCAGACACUGGAGAAAAAAUGAUCUCUUAACUCAUUCUGAACUCUGGGAUAGAUUUAUUUCACUUCUUUUAACUUACCCUGGACAAUUUAUAGACCCCACUGGCUUAAAGUUGUGGUUGGCAUUACUGAGCCCUCAAGAUGUUUUAGCUUUUUCACACACAGCACAGAGGACCCAGGAUAGUUCUAAAAAAUCUAAAAAAUAAGCUGACUUCAGAGGAGAAUUCUGUUCUGUUAUUAUCUCCUGUAUAUAAUUCUCUAACUGGAAAUCACUUUCCAGAAGUUCAUAGUCAUUUUACUUACACAAGCUUAGUAUAAGUUUACCUCCACUCUCACUGUGACUUUUAUAAAUGGAUUUUGUUUUGCUGAAUUAUAAAUUGUAUGUGUCUAUGCAUUGUAACCCGUAAUGCCUUUGAAAAUCCAGCCUGGAUGCUAAUGAUCAGGGUUUGGAAUUAUCUCCAAAUGUGUUUUGUUAAUAAUUAUGUUGACUUGUGAUGUUCAAUACUGUGAGUACUGCAGUGUAUUAUUUCUUAAUACUUUUGACUUUUCAGUUCAGGUAAUAUAAAGUCUGUAUGUUUUUUAUUUAAAACACAUAGAAGAAAAUGUGGAUCUAAAGACUGUGUUGUGCAAUAAAAGAUUAUAUACUGACAACUGUUGGAA